AUGUACCAUAUCAGCAGCCAGCACAGAAUCAAAGAAAAAUACCAGAAUCAAAGGAGAGAGAGCUCCUGCCCCACACAGUCAUGGAGAAAUGAGUAUUUGCACCAAAAAUUCACACAACUGCUACUUCUACACAGAUUUCAACCCAGAGGCUAUGACUUCCUGCUCAGGAGAAGGAAUCAUGAGGUGGUAGGUGAACAAAUUCAUUUGAUGGAGAUUGAAGAUUUAUUUGGCCCAGGCCUGAGUACCCAGGAGGAGCCUCCCACUGUCGUGGUGCAUGGAGUUGCUGGAAUCGGGAAGUCAACCCUGGCCAGGCAGGUGAGGAGAGCCUGGGAGGAAGGCUGGCUGUUCAGGGACCGCUUCAAGCAUGUCUUCUACUUCGACUGCAGAGAGCUGGCCCAGUCCGAGACCAUGAGUCUCGCUGAGCUCAUCACAAAAGACUGGGCUGCUCCUGAUGCUCCCAUUGGGCAGAUCCUGUCUCAGCCAGAGCAGCUGCUCUUCAUUCUUGAUAACUUAGAUGAACCAAAAUGGGACUUGAAGGAGCAGAGUUCUGAGCUCUGUCCACACUGGAGCCAGCAGCAGCAGGUGCACACACUGCUGGGCAGUUUGCUGAAGAAAACCUUACUUCCCACGGCUUCCCUGCUGAUCACAGCUCGGAUCACAGCUCUGUGGAGGCUCAAAACUUCAUUAAAGCAUCCUCGCUGGGUGGAGGUCCUGGGAUUCUCUGAGUCGGCCAGGAAGGAGUAUUUCUUCCAAUAUUUCACAGAUGAGAGCCAAGCGAUUAGAGCCUUUACCUCGGUUGAAUCCAACCUGGCUCUCUUCACCAUGUGUCUCAUGCCUUUGGUGUCCUGGCUGGUCUGCACUUGCCUGAAGCAGCAGAUGGAGCAGGAGCAACCACUCUCACUGACCUCCCAGACGACCACAGCCCUCUGUCUGCACUACUUUUUCCAUGUUCUCCAGGCUCAGUCCCUCGGGACUAAGUUGAGAGGCUUCUGCUCUCUGGCUACUGAAGGCACCUGUCAAAAAAAGACUCUUUUCAGCGCUGAGGACUUUAGGAAACACGGGUUAGACGGGGCCAACAUCUCCACUCUCUUAAACAUGGGUGUUCUUCAAAAGCAUCCCAACCCUCGGAGCUACAGCUUCAUUCACCGGUGCUUCCAGGAGUUCUUUGCAGCAAUGUCCUAUGCUUUAGGCGAUAGAGAGUUGAAAAGUGGUAGCCUUAGAAACUACAAAAUUAUAACAGACUUGACAGAUGUAUAUGACUGGGGUGACCUGUUUGGGAAACCAACCACAUGUUUCCUUUUUGGCCUUUUGAGUGAUCAGGGGAUGCGAGAGAUGGAGGGCAUCUUCAAAUGCAGCCUGUCUCGGGAGAGGCAUAGCUCUCUGCUGCACUUGGCCAAGACUCAAGUCCUUCCCAUGCCAGGCCCACAUUCUUGGGAUUUGCUGCACUGUUUUUAUGAGAUUCAGGAUGAAAACUUUAUGAAAAAUAUUUUCACUUGCAAUGAAAUGAGGAUAUGUGUCCAAACUGACAUGGAGCUCCUGCUGUUCACUUUCUUCUUUAAAUUCUGCCACCGCAUUGAAAGACUUCAACUGAAUGAGAGUGGACAGCACAGACAAGCAGGAAGGACUUCCGGUGCAUUUCUGUACAGCUGGGGCCCAUUUACAGAUUCCUGGUGGAAGAUGUUCUUCUCUAUUCUCAAAGUCCCUGGACGCCUGCAGGAGCUGGACCUGAGUGGGAACUCUCUGAGCUGCUCUGCAGUACAGAGUCUUUGUGACGCCCUGAAAAGCCCUCACUGCCACCUGGAGACCUUGAGGCUGGUCAGCUGUGGCCUCACAUCCAACUGCUGCCAGGACCUGGCCUCCAUGCUGGGUGCCAGCCCCAGCCUGACAGAGUUGGACCUGCAGCAGAACAACCUGGGUGACCUUGGUGUGAAGCUGCUUUGUGAAUGGCUCAGGCAGCCUGCCUGCCAUCUCAAGCAUCUGAGGCUGGUCAGCUGCGGCCUCACAGACAACUGCUGCCAGGACCUGGCCUCCAUUCUGGGUGCCAGCCCCAGCCUGACAGAGUUGGACCUGGGGCAGAACGACCUGGGCGACCUUGGUGUGAGGCUGCUCUGUGAAGGGCUCAGGCAGCCUGCCUGCCAACUCAAGCACCUGAGGCUGGACCAGAUUGGGCUGAGUGAGGAGGUGAGAGAGAUGCUGAGUCACCUGCAGCAGAGGAAGUCUCAGCUGAUCAUCUAUUAUGGGCUUCCCUCGCCUCUGAAGAGUGAGGAGAUGACAGAGAUGCAGGACACUGGAAAACCUAAGAAAUUUGAGCUUUCAGCAAGCAUCAGAAAUCGAGUUCACUUCCCUGUGGCUGGUUCCUACCACUGGCCCAACGUGGGUCUCCACUUUGUGGUGAGAGGGCCAGUGACCAUUGAGAUUGAAUUCUGUGCUUGGGACCAGUUCCUGGACCAGAUUGUCCCACGGCACAGCUGGAUGGUUGCAGGGCCUCUUUUUGACAUCAAGGCUGAACCAGGAGCUGUGGAAGCUGUGUACCUCCCUCACUUUAUAGCCCUCCAAG